GUCCACUCCACCUCCCACCCCACCCCCGGCCGCUGCUGCCCCCCCCCCCGUGGGCACCCCAGCUUAGGCCUCGCCAUGGUGCCAACAGGUGGCCCUGAGCCUCCAACAGGGGCCUGCCUGUAGACCCUCAGGCCUGAGACCUCAGACUACCCCUUAAGGGUGGAUAUAGGCCCUGGUGGCCUACCGGAGGGCCACCUCUGCCACAGCCCCACUGGCCCCACGGAUGUCUGGCUGAGUCGCAGCAGCGGUUGGAACUGCCCACUGUCUCCUCCUGGUUCCCGAGGUUUGCGCUGCAGAGGACAGCAGGCGGCUAACGGACGCAGCCACAAGACUCAGCGGCAGCAUGGGCAGUGCCAGUCCGGGCCUGAGCGUCGUGUCCCCUGGUUGCCUGCUGCUGUCCCCAGAUGUGGCACUGCGGACAGGUGUGGAGAAGCCGGCCGUGGAAACAGUGGGUUCUGAGAAGCGGGAAUGGAGCCCCAGUCCACCGGCCACCCCUGAGCAGGGCCUGUCUGCCUUCUACCUCUCCUACUUCAACAUGUACCCCGAGGAUGGCAGCUGGGUAGCCAAGGUCCCCGCGGCCAGUGCCAGGGAGGAACCGCUGGAGGAGCCUGAGCAGUGUCCGGUCAUUGACAGCCAGGCCUCUGGGAGCAGCCUGGAUGAGCACUCACUAGAGCAGGUGCAGUCCAUGGUGGUGGGCGAAGUCCUGAAGGACAUUGAGACCGCGUGCAAGCUACUCAACAUCACAGCAGACCCUGGGGACUGGAGCCCUGGUAACGUACAGAAGUGGCUGCUGUGGACGGAGCACCAGUACCGGCUGCCUCCAGCAGGCAAGGCCUUCCAGGAGCUGGGCGGCAAGGAGCUGUGUGCCAUGUCGGAGGAGCAGUUCCGCCAACGUGCGCCCUUGGGUGGGGACGUGCUGCAUGCCCACCUGGACAUCUGGAAGUCAGCGGCCUGGAUGAAGGAGAGGACCUCGCCCGGGGCCCUUCACUACUGCGCCUCCACCAGCGAGGAGGGAUGGACAGACGGCGAGGUGGAUUCGUCGUGCUCCGGGCAACCCAUCCACCUGUGGCAGUUCCUCAAAGAGCUGCUGCUCAAGCCCCACAGCUACGGCCGCUUCAUCCGCUGGCUCAACAAGGAGAAAGGCAUCUUCAAAAUUGAGGACUCUGCCCAGGUGGCCCGGCUGUGGGGUGUGCGCAAGAACCGGCCGGCCAUGAACUACGAUAAGCUAAGUCGCUCCAUCCGCCAGUAUUACAAGAAGGGGAUCAUCCGCAAACCCGACAUCUCUCAGCGCCUGGUCUACCAGUUCGUACAUCCCGUCUGAGAGCCGCAGAGACCAGAGGCCUACCGCCUGUCCCAGACACUCACUCUCUUCCUGGCCUGGGCUCAGCCCAAUCUGAAUCCAGGAGCUGCUGGCAUCCCAGAAUCCAAGGCCCCAGAGAGACAGUCCUAGGGAUGCACGUGAGCUCUCUGAGUCCCUGCUCAAGGACAAGGGCCCCUGGAGGGUCAAGGGAGCUAGGACUGCUCCCAAGUGGAGAACCCCCACCCCCAGGCUUGGACUGUAGGAUUCAACCAAGGCAAUUCACAGGAUGGUGAUAUCACUGUUUCCUGCUCCUGCGACCCAUCCUGUACCAUGACUGGCGUGGUACCAAGAGAUGUCUGCAUCCUAUGUUGGGGAGCCAGGAGUGCCCUAGGAAUGGUUAAUAAAGAUACAAGAUAACU